AUGUCUGGCAGCAAAUGUUUAACCUUAGAAAUGGAGCAGUACAUAGGAUGUGAGAUUUCUAAAGUGCCUUUAUCUAAUAUUGCUCAGAGGAUUAUGACAGCUUUGCAGUCUAUUCCUGUAGAAGCUCAGACUAACAGAGAAAAUAACCAGAGUAUAGAGAAGACAAAGGAAAAUAAACUAGAUGAUAAGGAUGCACAUCUGAGAAAUGAAAAGGAGGAUUAUGAUUCCAGAAUUGCCACAUUAAAAACAACUGUCAGCCCUGAAAAAAGAACUGCUGGUCAGAUAGUCAGGACAGUGCAUAUGGAUAAAAUACUUCGCUGUCAAGAUACCCAAAUACUGAGCUGUUACCAGGAUUCAGGCUUCCCAAAAUGGGAAUAUCAAGAAAGAAAUCUUUCAGUAGAAGGAAACACCCUGAAGGAUGGGAAAAACAAAAUGGUUAUUCCUCUUAAAAGAAAGCAAAAUGUAUCUACAUCUUGUUCAGAGAAAACAAGAAAAUUGCAUGUAAAUACCUCCAUGUUGCAUGAAAGAAGGUACAGCUGUACCCCUGGACAAAUAAAGUCUUCUGGAAAGUAUCCUUGUGAUGUCAGCAGUUUAGGAUGUGAAGAAAAAAGCAAACUCCUUGCAACUAUAGAACAGGCAGCAGCUUUUAUAACUACUAUGAUAUUUCAAGAUGGUUCUUCACAGCUCAACUCAGAGCAGGCCUCUACCUUAUCAGUAAAAGGAGUUGUUGUGCUGGUGAAGAAUCAGACUGAUCAGCCUUGCUCUCCAGGUCACACUUCAACUGGCUAUACUUGGAAUGCUGCAAAUGAAAAUGAUAAACUAAUUUAUUUAAAAACUGAACAGUCAUCUCUCUGGGAACGAGAACGAGAACCGGCUCACAAGAAAUUUUCUUGGCAAGUGUUGUUCCAAAUGCUGCAGUGCAAAGUUCCAAUAAUUUGCUUCAAUGCAAAAGAUUUCCUAAGGACUCUACUUCAAACUUAUGGUAAUGAAAUCAGCUGGAAACAAGUUGCCAAUAGUGUUGUGUUAGAUCCAAGGAUUGCAGCAUGGCUGAUAAACCCCAGUGACACAGUUCCUUCCUUUGAGUGUUUAAUACAGAAGUAUUUUGAAAAGCCUUUUUCAAAGGGAGCAGAGAAUACUGAUACAGGCACUUUGAGAAAUGUAUCUUAUCAAAACUUAGGUGUGAACUUGGAGAAGCUUUAUAACGUAAUGAUGGACCUUACUCAUGGCUUAAAGGCUCAAGGUUUGUGGAACUUAUUUUGCACAUUAGAGCUUCCACUUAUCAAAAUUCUGGCAGUGAUGGAAACACACAAAAUAUAUGUGAACAAACAAGAACUGAAAAAAACGUCAGAGAUUCUGGGGCUGCGGCUCAAAGAGCUUGAACAGGAGGCUCAUGAGGCUGCUGGAGAACGAUUCCUUCUGACCAGCAGCUGUCAGCUCCGAGAGGUACUAUUUGAUAAGUUAAAGCUGCAUAUGCUGUGUGAGAAACUUCAGAGAACUGAAAUACAACAGCUCGUAUCCACCUCAGAAGUUGUGCUAAAUAAAUUGCAAGAUCUUCAUCCCUUGCCUAAGAUAAUUUUAGAAUACCGCCAGGUUCAUAAGAUGAAAUCAGCUUAUGUGGAUGGACUACGAACGUGCAUGAAAAAGGGAUUCAUUUCCUCCACUUGGAAUCAAACAGGAACUGUGACUGGCAGACUUUCAGCCAAACAUCCUAACAUUCAAGGUAUCUCUAAACAUCCGGUUACAAUUGCAAAGAAACAGUACAUAAAAGGAAAAGAAGAGGACAUAAUAACUAUUUCCCCAAGAACACUGUUUGUUUCAAAAAAAGGAUGUACAUUUUUAGCAGCAGACUUUUCCCAUAUUGAGUUAAGGAUCCUUGCUGACUUAUCAUCUGAACCAGAACUUCUGAAACUGUUCCAAGAACCUGAAAUCAGUGAUAUCUUUACUACACUGGCUUCUCAGUGGAAAGGGAUUCCAAUUGAACAAGUGAAACAUGCUGAUAGAGAGCAGGCAAAGCGAAUCGUUUACUCUGUAGUUUAUGGAGCAGGUAAAGAACGUCUCGCUGACUGCCUGGGAAUUACUCCUGUUCAAGCCAGUCAAUUUAUAGAGAGUUUUAUGCAAAAAUACAAGAAAGUGCAUGAAUUUACAAAGAAAACCAUUGAGCAGUGCCGGAAUAAAGGUUACGUGGUUUCCAUAAUGGGACGCAAGAGGCCCCUGGCCAACAUCAAUGCACAGGAUUACAAGCUACGUACUCAAGCAGAGAGGCAGGCUGUAAAUUUUGUUGUUCAAGGCUCUGCAGCUGAUCUUUGUAAAAUGGCUAUGGUGAAGAUUUUUGCCUCUGUUGUCAUUUCUCCAACUUUAACAGCCAGGUUAAUUGCCCAGAUCCACGACGAAUUGUUGUUUGAGGUAGAAGAUUCUCAAAUCCAGGAAUUCUCAGCACUGGUAAAAACAAUAAUGGAGUCCCUACAGCAAACCACAGCCUUGGAAGUGCCACUGAAGGUUCCCUUGAAAGUGAUUCUCACCACUGGGAAAUCAUGGGGGUGUAUGACAGAAUUGGAGGAGAUGUAA